UUAAAAAAAUAAUCUUCAAUAUUUGAAUUUAUUAGUUUGUUAAUUAUUUAAACUAUAUUUUUUAUUAUUGACACCCGAAAAUUAAAAUGAUAAAAAUAUUUACCUCGUCAAUUAACAGAUUUAUAAAAAUGCAGUCCUUUAUUCUAUUGCAUUAUGCUCUUAAAUUGUCUGUUAAUCGAUUUAAAGAUUAUUUGUAGUAAAAGUCUCUGAAUAAAUGAAACAUAUUCGGUUUGUUCCGUGUUUCUUAACACCUAAUUUGGUAUUUUCAAAGGGCGGUUUAAUGUUGUAAUUAAUUUACAAUUUAAUACGUCUUUAAACUGUGCGUCACAUAAUGGUGCUAAAGGAAUAUAAUUUAUCUUGAUCAAAAUGAGAAAUCUUCAGCAUUUUGAAUGAGCUGAGCCAAAGACAAGGAUCUCUGAAGGCGAACAUCAUAACUAACCAUGCUAUAUCAGCACUAAUACAUACUAUAUUCAAUUUCUACAUUUACUGAAUACGAGUAACUAAAUCAAAAUUUCAUUUGGAUUUUGUCAUAAUAUAUAUAAUAAUGGCAAUUGGACUGAGUUACAGUUCUUGGUAUUAUUUGAUACAUAGUACGCACCCCAUGUUUUAGUAACUGUUAUAUUUUUAUGUGAAAAACGGCACGCUAUGUUUUACCAUGUUUCGAAUGUUAACCUUGUGCUUUGCUUUGUUAAAUAUUAACUGUAUUGUAAAAAUUUAUGCUGUUGAAUUUAGAGAAGAACCAAAGAGUGCAGUAGUAACUGCUGGAGAAGACAAACCUUUCGUUUGCGCGGUUAGUGGUAUGCUCGACCAGCAUCAAUUUGCCUGGUAUAAAGGAAACACACAAUUAACACAUGGAGAAUAUAUUACGUCUACGCCUGGAAAUGAACGGUUAUUGGUUACACAACUAGAAACAUCUUUAGGAAACACAUCGAUUUUGACAGUCAACGACGUUGUAUCCAGCGACAGUGGUGCUUAUACCUGCGCUAUUUUCAACCCCAGUGGAAGGUAUCUUCGUUCAGAACCAGCAAAACUAGUUGUUCGUUCAUUGCCUGGAUCGCAUUAUCCUUUAUGUUCUGUUUCUAAGACCAUCGCUGUAGUCGGUUCAGAGAUCACGUUAACUUGCAAAUCAGAAAAUGUUCAGCCCCCAGUGGAUUUAACCUGGACAGAAGACAACAAAAUUAUUAGAGAUGGAACAAGUACGCUGAAAACUGUGGAUGAAGUAAUGAACGAAUUUACAUUACUUCUGGCUAAAGACAAUCAUGGCAUGAAAUUUAUAUGUAAACAGACCUCAGAUCUCAUGCCUAGUAACCACUCUUAUUGUUCUGUAGGCCCUUUGAAUGUCCGUUACAGACCCUAUGUAAAGAUUCAACAUACAUACACAUCUCUGUCAUAUUUUGUCAAACAUUUGCAAAUCCACCAGUUGACAGUUACAAGUGGACGUUCUACCCCCAAAUCAAGGGUAGCGAAUACACGGUGGAUAGCACAGGGCAAGUAUUAA